AUGGAAUCUUCCAAAAGCCUGACAUUGUGCAUUCUGGGUUGUGCACUGCUGGAUGAUGCCAAAGGUUCAUUCAGCACUCUCCCUAUCACUCAGUUCAUCGCAUGUGUUCGAAGCGAGAAAUCGGAACAUUCUUUGCGGGAACGGUUUCCUGUUGCGGAAAACAAGCUCGUCAUUUCUAGGGGCGAUAACGUUGCUGCACUCGACAGUUCAGACGUCAUCAUCCUGGGUGUUGAUCCUGGUGAUGUGGAGGCGGUUCUAUCACAUCCAGGCACGAAGGAGGCUUUGAAAGACAAGCUUUUGAUUAGUGUAGCUGCUAGCUGGACUAGAGGCAAACUGGAGGCAGUUAUAUACGGUAGCGAGACCACAAUCGAAAACAAAGAGGGUCGUGCCUGGAUUGUGCGGACGCUUCCUAACAUUGCGGCAAUGGUCUCUCAAUCACUCACGGCGAUCGAGAUAUCAGAGCCAGCUGUUCCUUCUCGUCACCUAGAACUCACUGAAGCCAUUUUCAACAAGAUUGGGAAGACAGUACAGAUUGCGCCCAAGCUCAUGAACGCAACAACGGCCCUUGGAGGCUCCACGCCAGCAUUCUUCGCAGUAUUUUGCGAUGCUCUUAUUGAUGCUGCAGUUGCCGUGGGCGUCCCGAGGAACUUAGCGCACAUCAUGACGUUUCAGUCCAUGCUGGGAACUGCGACACUGAUGCAGAGCGGUUUACACCCAGCUCUGUUGAAGGACCAAGGGACAUCACCAGAAGGUUGCACGAUUGGAGGCCUGAUGGUGUUGGAGGAAGGUGCUGUAAGGGGACAUAUCGGGAAGGCUUUGAGGGAGGCUGUCACCGUAGCACGUCUGAUGGCCAGCCAACCCCAUGUUAACGAUACGAGGCACUGA